UUCUGCCUAGAGCAGUCGAAAAUUCCACAGUUGAAUAUCUUCGAGAGCUUUUCAAGGCGGGAGCGCUUCCCCAGACUGGCAGACUUGGGGAGCAGCCUGGGCAGCGCGGAGAUCGCGGACGUGGGCUCCUGUUUCAAGUGGAGUCGCCCGAUCAUCCACGAGGCGGAGAGGAGGGUGGCCAGGGCGGCAGUUGACGCCAAUGUGCCUCCGGCCAGGCUGUAUCUCCGCUCCACAUCUCGGGGAGUCCGCCGUGCCGUCGACAUAUUCAUGCCUCGCUUUCAGCCCGACGAGGAUUGGGAGGAGCAGUUGCCGGAGGACCGCUCGGAGUCCUCGGGUGGGUCUCUAGGCACACCGCCUCUUCCAUCAAAUGGAGCUGUUCGAAGAGAUGAUGCACCCAGUGCGAUCCCCACCGAACCUUUCCCGGUUUCUCCGACGACGAGCGCUGACUGCAGCGCCUUGAGCAUCUGGGAAAAGACGGCGAUGAAAACAAGAAAACAACGCCCCUAACAUCUGCUUCCAAUUACACUAGCUCGGGGAUGGGGUCUUUCGGAGGGGCUUCCCUCACAAAUCAACGCGGGCAAUUAUUUUCUUGUUAUGGAUCUCGGAGGCGUCUCGCAGCCGUCAAAAGAGGAGGCGACAAGGGAAAAGCUUUUUCAUUUGAGGAAUGCAAUGAAGAGCCCGGGAGAAGAAUGCGAAUUUGGCACAUCGAAAUUCAUAUGUAUCGAAAGUGUAAGAACGAUGGUUUUAUAGCAGCCAUUAAAAGAUUUUCCACUUUUUAA